AUGGCCGCCCCUUACCCUAUGUCCACCCUGAGCAAGGUGAUAAGAGACAUGAGGGCCCUGAGUCACCGAAUCCACUGGAUUAUUCUAUGGUUCACAGGCGGAAUCCCCAUCAUCGCAAUAAUUUUUGGCAUUCUAUGGGUACCACUACAAUCUCAGACCGCAAUUUUUGCCGCCAUGUAUGCAACAUGCUCUGGCAUCAGUGUCACUGCAGGGUAUCACCGUUUGUGGGCUCACCGGGCCUAUAAGGCCGGGACCUUCUUGAAAAUUGCCCUAGCAAUCCUAGGCGCUAGUGCGGGACAAGCCUCUAUUAGGACAUGGUGUAGAGACCAUCGAGCACACCAUCGUUAUACGGACACCGAUAGAGAUCCCUACUCUGCUCAAAAGGGCCUAUUCUAUUCCCAUUAUGGAUGGGUCGUCAUUAGACGGAAACCCGAGCAAACAGGCCGGGUGGACUUGCAAGAUCUCACGAGUGAUCCGAUCGUCAUGUGGCAGCGUAAAUACUACCUGGCACUGCUAUUUCUGACUGUUUAUGUAUUCCCUACUUUAUUCUGCGGCUAUAAGUAUGGCGACUUUGCCGGAGGGUUCAUAUGGGCGAGUUGCAUCCGUUUGUUCAUAAUCCAGCAGGGGACGUUCUGUGUCAACUCUCUCGCGCAUUGGGUUGGGGAUCAGCCUUUUGCAAGUCGUCUUUCGCCGAGAAAUUGCUGGUUUGUUGCGCUCAUUACUUGGGGAGAGGGGUAUCAUAAUUUCCAUCAUGAGUUUCCGAUCGACUAUCGCAAUGGGAUCAGGUGGUUUCAAUGGGAUCCUACGAAAUGGUUCAUCUGGCUCUGUGAGAAAGUCAACCUUGCCUCGGACCUGAAACGAUUCCCAGAAAAUGAGAUCCAAAAGGGAAAAUUCCAGCAGGCUCAACGACAAUUGGAACUCCAGCGUCAGGAGAUUUCUUGGGCGACUCUGAUCAAUGAGCUUCCGAUCUUGAGCUUUGACGAGUACGCUGAGCAUGUCAAGAAUGGGCGUUUUUUGCUUGUCAUCGACGGUGUCGCUCAUGAUGUUGAGGACUUUGUGGGUCGUCAUCCCGGUGGAGAGAAGUUCUUACUGGAAUAUAUUGGUAGGGAUGCUACAAAGUUGUUCCAUGGUGGUACAAUCCAUGCUCAUUCGAAUGCGGCUGAAAAUCUUCUUUCGACGAUGCGGUUCGCGAGGAUAGUGGGCUCUGAUCAUUGCGAAGAGAAGAUAAUAUAA